CUCACCAGAAGGACCAUAGCCGAGGUCCUCCUCCCAGGGCCCGGGGCUGGGGAGCGGAAGCCAUCAGUGGGCUCGGAGGACACUGUCCCAGCCAGGACACGGCCAUCGGUCACUAAUCUGCAGCACUGGAAUGUCCGCGGGCCAAUCAGCGGGGUCUCUGGGGGCUCCCCAAGGGUGCUAAUAAUCCCACAAUGAUUAGCAGGGGCCGCGGGUCAGUGCACGCCACUCUGCCUGCUGUCGGGGGUGGGCUGGCCAGGCCGAGGCCGGAGCAGGCAGGCAUCCCCCGGAGUUGUCUCUUUUCAUGCCAGCGCCAACAGGAGGCUGUUUGGACACACUGAUUACUCACUCACCAGCCUCCCUCUUUUGUCCACCAGCCCGGCCUGACUCCUGGAGAUUGUGAAUAGCUCCAUCCAGCCUGAGAAGCAAGCCGGGUGGCUGAGCCAGGCUGUGCACGGAGCGCCUGACGGGCCCAACAGACCCAUGCUGCAUCCAGAGACCUCCCCUGGCUGGGGGCAUCUCCUGGCUGUGCUCCUGGCCCUCCUUGGCACCACCUGGGCAGAGGUGUGGCCACCUCAGCUGCAGGAGCAGGCUCCGAUGGCCGGAGCCCUGAACAGGAAGGAGAGUUUCUUGCUCCUCUCCCUGCACAACCGCCUGCGCAGCUGGGUCCAGCCCCCUGCGGCUGACAUGCGGAGGCUGGACUGGAGUGACAGCCUGGCCCAACUGGCUCAAGCCAGGGCAGCCCUCUGUGGAACCCCAACCCCAAGCCUGGCGUCCGGCCCGUGGCGCACCCUGCAAGUGGGCUGGAACGUGCAGCUGCUGCCCGCAGGCUUGGCGUCCUUUGUCGAAGUGGUCAGCCUAUGGUUUGCAGAGGGGCAGCGGUACAGCCACACGGCAGGAGAGUGUGCUCACAACGCCACCUGCACCCACUACACGCAGCUCGUGUGGGCCACCUCAAGCCAGCUGGGCUGUGGGCGGCACCUGUGCUCUGCAGGCCAGGCAGCGAUAGAAGCCUUUGUCUGUGCCUACUCCCCCGGAGGCAACUGGGAGGUCAACGGGAAGACAAUCGUCCCCUAUAAGAAGGGUGCCUGGUGUUCGCUCUGCACAGCCAGUGUCUCAGGCUGCUUCAAAGCCUGGGACCAUGCAGGGGGGCUCUGUGAGGUCCCCAGGAAUCCUUGUCGCAUGAGCUGCCAGAACCAUGGACGUCUCAACAUCAGCACCUGCCACUGCCACUGUCCCCCUGGCUACACGGGCAGAUACUGCCAAGUGAGGUGCAGCCUGCAGUGUGUGCACGGCCGGUUCCGGGAGGAGGAGUGCUCGUGCGUCUGUGACAUCGGCUACGGGGGAGCCCAGUGUGCCACCAAGGUGCAUUUUCCCUUCCACACCUGUGACCUGAGGAUCGACGGAGACUGCUUCAUGGUGUCUUCAGAGGCAGACACCUAUUACAGAGCCAGGAUGAAAUGUCAGAGGAAAGGCGGGGUGCUGGCCCAGAUCAAGAGCCAGAAAGUACAGGACAUCCUCGCCUUCUAUCUGGGCCGCCUGGAGACCACCAACGAGGUGAUUGACAGUGACUUCGAGACCACGAACUUCUGGAUCGCCCAGGGCUCACCUACAAGACCGCCAAGGACUCCUUCCGCUGGGCCACAGGGGAGCACCAGGCCUUCACCAGUUUUGGCUUUGGGCAGCCUGACAACCACGGGUUUGGCAACUGCGUGGAGCUGCAGGCUUCAGCUGCCUUCAACUGGAACGACCAGCGCUGCAAAACCCGAAACCGUUACAUCUGCCAGUUUGGCUCUCCUUCUGCCUCCGCAUGCCCAACGAUCCGGAGAAAAACACGGACCAUGACAUCAAAAGGCCUUGGCAAAGGAAUCGUGAUUAUUGUGAUACAAGAUUCUGCACCUCAAAGGGGAUCCCUGUAGUGAGUUUUGGAAAACGUACAAAGCCUGACUUACAGUAUGCCUGUUAUCUGUGGCGUUUCAUCUGGGGAACUUACUUUUCCUUGAUAGGGUAAACUAUUCUCAUCCAGAGUAUGUCCCUCAGUCUGUAAAAGUCCAUGGUGCCCUACAUCUAUUAGGGGAGUGAGGAAGGGCAGUGGGCAUUGGAUCUGCUUCUUUGAAAGCCCCCACCUGUGUUUAGCUUCUCUGUUAGAGGCCUUUGAACCAGAGCAACUCCAUCUUGAGUAGGCGCUUGGUAAAAUGAGGCUGAGACCUACUGGGCUGUGUUCCCAGGCGGUUGAGGCAUUCUAAGUCACAGGAUGAGAUGAGGGGUCGGCACAAGCAGUAAAGAAGCCGCGGCCAAAACCCACCAAAACCAAGAUGGUGAUGCGAAUGACCUCUGGUCGUCCUCACUGCUACACUCCCACCAGCGCCAAGACAGCUUACAAAUGCCGUGGCAACACCAGAAUGUUACCCUAUAUGGUCUAAAAAGGGGAGGCAUGAAUAAUCCACCCCUUCUUUAGCAUAUAAUCAAUAAAUAACCAUAAAAAUGAGCAACCAGCAGCCCUCGGGGCUGCUCUAUGGAGUAGCCGUUGUUUUAUUUCUUUACUUUUUUUUUUUGAGAGGGAGUCUUGCUCUUGCUCAGGCUGGAGUGCAGUGGCGUGAUCUCGGCUCACUGCAAUCUCCUUCUCCUGGGUUCAAGCGAUUCUCCUGCCUCAGCUUUCGAGUGGCUGGGACUUCAGGUGCCUACCACCAUGCCGGCUUUUUUUUUUUUGUAAUUUUAAUAGAGACGGGGUUUCACCACGAUGGCCAGGGUGGUCUCGAACUCCUGUCCUCAGAUGAUCUGCCCGCCUUGGCCUCCCAAAGUGCUGGGAUUAUAGGCGUGAGCCACCGUGCCCAGCCCUAUUCCUUUACUUUUUUUUUUGAGGUGGAGUCUCACACCUGGCCUCCAAUAUGUUUAUUCAUAUUGCUGAGGCAGGGGAUUGCUUGAGCCCAAGAGUUUGAGGUUGCAGUGAACCAUGAUCAUAAGCUGUAUUUCAGCGUGAGUGAGAGAUUGAGACCUUGUCUCACAAAAUAAAAGUUAAAAAGUCCUUAUCUGGAGGUGAGAAAGCCAAAUACAAAGGUCUUCUCAGUUGGUUCCCAGUCUUCCCAGUCCAGCAGCCUCAGCAUCACCAGGGAGCUGGUUAGGCAAAUUCUCGGCCGCCCCAACCUACUGAAUUGGAGACCCUGAAGAUGGGGCUAUCUGAAUUUUAACAAGGCCUCCAGGUUUGCAUGCUCAAGAUUGAGAACCACUGGCAAAAGCAAACAAUUUGAAUCUGAAGUCAGCCCACCUGCAUUUGAAUACAGGCCCUGCCGCUUAAUAACUGUGAUUUAGAGCAAGUUAGUUACUUAACAGCUAGGUUGACCAAUUGUCCGAAUUUGCCUGGCACUGUCCUGAUUUCAGCAUUGAAAGUACUACAUUAUCGCUGUGGCUCACGCCUGUAAUCCCAGCUUCUCAAGCUGUCCCUGUGGAAUCCUCCAUAUCGGUACAUUCAUCCCUAUCUAGCAUCCCCUUCCUCCCUCGCCCGUCCUGCACCCUCAGAAUUCAUUCUCAGAUCAGCUUCCCAGAUUUUUGCCAAUAUCAAUUAAAAAAAUUUUUUAGCCAACCAUGUACUGUGAGUAAGCCAAUAUCAAUUAGCAAAAUCUUUAGUUUCUUUUGGUGAUUCAGUAUCUUCCCCUGUGGAGUUUUUUGAUGAUUCAGUACCCUCCUAGAUUUGGCCCCUGGGGCCUGCGGGGAUGUGACUUGUUAUUUAAUUCUGGAGAAAAUGAGGGGUAGGGCUUAUAAGGAGAUUCCUUCGGGGGCAGGGUCAUUACAGGGUGUGUUACAUAGGGAAAUGCUAGCUGCUGGCUAGCUCUCGCUCUUGAAAGGCUCUUCCUCCCUCAACUGAAAUGGGGAAGGGGGAACCCUGGCCGACUGAGGUCCUGACAUCUUUAGCACAUGGCUUCUUAGGUCACCCAGGGCAUCCAGGUUACCAGCUUGGGAAACAGGAGAUGUAGGUUGGAGGAAGAGGCUACAGCCCACCCUGGAAAUAACUGCCAUCCGUCCCACCCAUAUGGUUAGGCUUUGUGUCCCCACCCAGAUCUCAUCUCGAAUUACAAUCCCCACGGGUUGAGGGAUGGACCAGGUGAAGGUACUUGCAUCAUGGGGGCAGUUUCCCCCAUGCUGUGCUCGUGACAGUGAGUGAGUUCUCACGAGAUCUGAUGGUUUCAAAGCGUGGCAGUUCCUCUUUCUCGUGCUUAGAUCCUCGUAACUGUCCUGUGGAGAAGGUGUCUGCUUUCCCCUACCUCCAUGGUUGUAAGUUUCCUGAAGCCUCCCCAGCCGUGUGGAACUGUGAGUCAAUUAAACUUCUUUAUAAGUUA